AUGAUCUGCUUUGUUGUAGGGAGUUUCUCAUGGCUCCCCCACGUGAGAGGUGAGGAAGGCUGCCUUAACACUGAACUCUGUUCAGGUACAGAAUGGAACCAUCUGUGGUAUAUCUGGCUGGUGCUGGUGCUCGGGGGGCUCCUGCUGCUGUGUGGCCUGGUCUCUGUGUGCGUCAGGUGCUGCUUCCAGUGCCAGCAGGCAGGGGACGAGGCGGGCCCCCGGCCCUACGAGGUCACCGUCAUCGCCUUCGACCAUGACAGCACCCUGCAGAGCACCAUCACCUCUCUCCACUCGGUGUUCGGGCCUGCUGCCAGGAGGAUUUUAGCCGUGGCACACUCGCACAGCACUGCCCAGGGCACCCCACCCCUCUGUGCCCCUGACACCCCUCCCGUGUACGAGGAAGCGCUGCACAUGAGCAGGUUCACCGUGGCCAAGGCGAGCCACAAGGUGCCAGACCUGGAGCCAGUGCCGGAGGAAAAGCCGCAAGCGCCCGCCGAGGGCAAGGAUGCCCAGCCAGCCCUCCCAGGACACUGA